AUGUUAUUUUCAUUCAUUUUAACAACCAUAAUAUUAUUUUCAACUAAUGUAUUUGGAACUUCAAUAAAAAAGCAUAAAUCACCAAUAACCAAAGUUUUAUAUAAUGGUUUAGGUGUUGGUAAUAGUACUGAUGGAGGAUUUGAUUUACAAAUCUAUAGUAAUAAUGUUCGAUAUGCCGCUUCAGUAUUUAGUAGAAAAAAAUAUGAAUUACCAUGGGGUAAAAGACAAUAUGGAGUUGUUGAUGCUAUAGUUAAUAAAUUAAAUGAUAACCUACCAAUACUAAUUGGAUUACAAGAAUGUUUACAUAAUCAAUUAGAAGAUGUUUUACAUGGGUUAAAUACUAAAACAACUGGUUCAUGGAAAUAUUUUGGAGUUGGUAGAGAUAAUGGUAAAAAAAAAGGUGAAUAUACUCCAAUAAUAUAUGAUGAAUCGAUUUGGGAAUUUACAAAUGGUACUUACAAAUGGUUAAGUGAAACUCCAAAUAAACCAUCAAAAUUUCCUGGUGCUGGUACAAAAAGAAUGGUUACAAUUGGAACUUUCAAACAUAAACAAACAAAUCAAUCAGUGAAUUUCAUAAAUACUCAUUUAGAUGCAAAAUCUCAUGCUGCUAGAGAUUUUGGUACAAAAUUAAUUAAUGAUUAUAUUCAACAAAUUCCAAAUAAAUUUCCAGUCUUUUUAAGUGGAGAUUUUAAUUCAAAAGAUAAUGAAGAAGCUUAUAAAACUACUGCAAAAGAAUUAAAAGAUUCUGCUUUUAUAUCAUACAAAGAUAUAAAUUCAGAUUUAAGAACUUAUUCAGGAUUUGGUAAUGAAACUGGUUAUAAUAUUGAUUUCAUUUGGUCACCAGAAAAUACAAAUUUCGAUUCUGGUAUAUAUGCAUUAACUCAUGAAGUUGUUGAUAAUUUAUUUGAUGUCGGUCAUAGAUUUUCUGAUCAUAGGCCUGUUAUUGUUCAUUUCACAAUUGAUAUAUUGGAUAAUUAG